AUGAUCAACUGGUGGACUCAAGAUAAAGGAUUAUUCAACCAUCCUACUAUACCUCAAAAGAAAUCUGUUUACAAAGAUUUCCAUGGAAAAAUCUUACAAGUGCCAGUUUUACACAAACCUCCUUGGCAUUUCGUGCAUUAUAACUCCAGCGAUAAUAAAUCGUUUGAAGUAACCGGUGGAAGGGACGAUAGAAUUUUAUUUUUGCUCUCCAAGAAGUUGAACUUUAGAUAUAACUAUUCUGAUCCUACUGAAAGAAUUCAGGGCUCUGAGGUUGAUAAUGGUGCAUUUAGUGGAGUUUUGGGAUUAAUCGCCAGACGGGAAGCCGACCUAUUUAUUGGAGACAUGGGAAUAACUUACGAAAGAUCCAGUGCCGUAGAAUUUACCUUUAUAACUCUUGCAGAUAGUGGAGCUUUUGUUACCCACGCACCUAGCCAACUCAAUGAAGCUUUGGCACUUUUAAGGCCGUUUCAAUGGCAAAAUGGAACAGGAAUCUAUGGCCAAUUAUGGGAGAUUAUGGAAAGAAGGCAAAAUGAGUAUGUAGUUGAAUCAGUAGAAGAAGGCGUAAAAAUGGUAAAGGAUAAAUUGGAUGUUGCUGUAAUGGCUGGUCGUGAAACGUUAUUUUUCGAUAUUCAGCGUUUCGGGCCGAAAAACUUUCAUUUAAGCGAAAAAUUAAAUACUGCCUACUCGGCUAUAGCUCUACAGCUGGGGUGUCCCUACGUUGAAGAAGUAAAUAAAAUUCUCAUGGCAAUAUUUGAAGCAGGCAUCAUAACUAAAAUGACUGAAAACGAAUACGAGAACCUGGGCAAACAAAAGGAGAGUUCUAUCGACGAAACUCUUGAAAAUAACGUCCCUACGACGAAAAUUGAAACAAAAAGAGCUGCAAAAGUCAGCGAAGAUAAUGAAAAAUUAAAACCCAUACUUAUUAGUGACAAUAAAGGUGUGAAAAUGGAGCAAUUGCUUAGUGAAUUGGUAAAGGCUAUCAAGGGUUCGAGGACGGCACCAGAUCAAGUGGAUUUGCCGCUGUUUAAUCCUGACACGACGGAUGCCAAAAAAUGGUUGGCCGAGGUGGGUACAAUAAAAACAGAAUUUGAUUGGACUGAUCAACAAUUGUUAGUACGGAAUUUGUUGAAGAACCUCACGGAUGAUUCUGUGCCAAUAAGGAACUUAAAUUUGGAUCGAGAAAGAGUCAAAAGUGCCCUUGAUAGCAAUACCAAAAGGGACCUGAGAUCAAAUACAAAACGUCGUGAUACGAAAGUUUUUCAAGUUGGUGAUUUUGUUUUAAUGCACCGAGACGAAAAGAUGCAUCAGGGAAAGCUAUCUUAUGAAUUUGAUGGUCCUUUCGAGGUUGUUGGCAUCACCCCGCAACAACGUUACGAGCUACGAAGAGUUGGAAAAUCAACCAUUACCAAGGCAGCUAAAGAGCAGCUACGAAUUUGGCCUACAGACUGGUCUCUCACACUAGACAUGCCAGACUUAUUGGAACUUUUAGAAGAAGAAUUCAGGCGAGUAACUUUUCAUUUAUUUGUUGGUUAUGGAUAUCUGGCCAUGUUAGAAUAA